UUGUUGCUGUAAUCGUCACUCAUUAACGAACCACAAAUCCCAGAAUCCAACUGACAGCGAGCGUCGGUUCACGGACGUUGCCUGUGUUUUGGUUUGUGUUAGUGAACGGAGUUAGCUAGCUGGAAACAAUUAACGGUCGAAGCGCUUGUACAGCGUUUUGUGCUUUUAUAUCAUUACGCUUUUCUAACAUUGUAACCAAUUACAAAUCUGUGAAAAACAGUGAAAAUUUUAUUCGCUGUCUCUGGCAUUGGAAAGAACCAUUUAUAUCGACUCCGUAGUAGAAAGCGUUAGCUUGUCAUCAGCUAGCUAGCGCGGCUGGAUCCUAAAUAGUGUCUCUACUCUGUUAAAGUGCACUAAGUAGUGUGUAAGCCGCCUUACUGUGAUAUCACAUCGAGUGCACGUAUAUAGGGAGUAAGCAGGGAUUUGGGAUUCGGCCUGAAGGCUCACCCAUGCCCUCCGAAGAGGCUUUUUGGAGCUCAGUAACACUGGACUGGCUUUUCUCACACUCCGGCUGGUCAUUUCUUCCUUUCAUUAUGAUGAUGAUUUUAGUUUUGGCUGCUUUUAUGGUCGCUUUUGUCCUGUUUCUCUACAUGAUAUCGCCUUUAAUAAGCCCCAAACCGCUCAAACUCAACGGGGCCCAUGUCGUGGUGACGGGGGGCAGCAGCGGGAUCGGGAAGUCCAUAGCUAUGGAGUGCUACAAACAGGGAGCCUUCAUCACACUGGUGGCACGUGAUGAGGGUAAACUGGUGCAGGCGAAGAAGGAGGUGGAGAAGUGUGCCAUAAACGAUAAACAGGUGGUGCUCUGCAUCUCAGUGGACGUGUCGAAGGAUUACAGCCAGGUGGAGAGCGUGCUCAAACAGGCUCAGGAGAAGCUCGGGCCAGUGGACAUGCUGGUGAACUGCGCAGGGACGUCGGUGUCGGGGAAGUUCGAGGAGCUCAGGGUCCAGCACUUCCAGAGUCUGAUGGAGGUGAACUACCUGGGCAGUGUGUACGCCACGCGGGCCGUCAUCAGCAACAUGAAGGAGCGGCGUAUGGGCCGCGUGGUGUUUGUGUGUUCUCAGGCUGGACAGCUCGGACUGUUCGGCUACACGGCGUACUCCGCCUCUAAAUUCGCCCUGCGCGGCCUCGCUGAAGCUCUGCAGAUGGAGGUGAAGCCGUAUAAUAUCUACGUAACCGUGUCCUACCCUCCCGACACGGACACGCCGUCAUUAGCCGAGGAGAACAAGAUGAAGCCUUUAGAGACGAAGCUGAUCUCAGAGACGUCUGGAGUGUAUCAGCCUGAGCAGGUGGCUAAAGUCAUUGUUAAAGACGCCGUGCAGGGGAACUUCAGCAGCUCAGUAGGUCCUGACGGCUACAUGCUGUCUGCUCUCACCUGCGGCAUGUCGCCAGUCACGUCCAUCACCGAGGGGCUGCAGCAGAUCGUGACCAUGGGGCUGUUCCGCACCAUCGCGCUCUUCUACCUGAGCAGCUUCGACAGCAUCGUACGCCGCUGCAUGAUCCAGAGGGAGCAGAAUAAAGUGUCCGACAAGACAGAGUAACGCCCAUGCUUCCCGCCAUUCCACCAUCACUGCUCAUCCUGGAGACACACACACAUACACACACACACACACACACACACACACACACACACACACACACACACAGGAAAGACGAGCUGCUUAUCUGUCAGGUGUCUCAACUUCUCCACGCUCCAUUUCACUUUACUCAUAAACGUGCUAGAAGUGAGCAGGUGAUGUAAACAAGCCCUUGGGGUGAGUGUGUGUGUGUGUGUGUACUCAACAAACAGCCACAACAUUAAAAACCACCUGCCUAAUACUGGGUAGGUCCCCCGUGUGCCACCAAAACAGCUCUGACCCCUCAAGGCACUCCACAAGACCUCUGAAGGUGUGCUGUUGUAUCUGGCACCAAGAUAUUAGCAGCAGAUCCUUUAAGUCCUGUAAGCUGCGAGGUAGAGCCUCUAUGGAUCAGACUUGUUUGUCCAGCACAGGCCAAGUGGAGGUUUGGAGGCCAAGUCAACACCUUGAACUCUUUGUCAUGUUCCUCAAACCAUUCCUGAACAAUUUUUACAGUGUGUCAGGACGCAUUAUCCUGCUGAAAGAGGUCACUUCCAUUAGGGAAUACCGUUGCCAUGAAGGGGUGUACCUGGUCUGCAAUGUUUAGGUAGGUGGUAUGUGUCAAAGUAACAUCCACAUGAAUGCCAGGGCCCAAAGUUUCCCAGCAGAACAUUGCCCAGAGCAUCACACUGCCUCCACCAGCUUGCCUUCUUCCCAUAAUGCAUCCCUGUGCCAUCUCUUCCCCAGGUAAGCGCUGCACACACCCGGCCGUCCACAUGAUGUAAAAGAAAACGUGAUUCAUCAGACCAGGCCACCUUCUUCCAUUGCUCUUUGGUCCAGUUCUGAUGCUCACCUGUCCACUGUAGGCACUUUUGGGGGAGGACAGCAGUCAGCAUGGGCACUCUGACAGGUCUGCGGCUACGCAGCACCAUAUGCUGCAAGCUGCGCUGCACUGUGUGUUCUGACACCUUUCUGUCAUAGCCAGCUUUAACUUGUUCAGCAAUUUGUGCUACAGUAGCUCUUCUGUGGGAUCAGAAAAGACGGACUAGUCUUCACUCCCCACACGCAUCAGUGAACCUUGGGCGCCCAUGACCCUGUCUCUAGUUCACCAGUUGUCCUUCCUUGGACCACUUUUAUUAGGUACUAACCACUUCACACCGGGAACACCCCACAACACCUGGAGUUUUGGAGAUGCUCUGACCCAGUCGCCUAGCCGUCACAAUUUGGCCCUUGUCAAAGUCACUCAGAUCCUUACGCUUGCCCAUUUUUCCUGCUUCCAACACAUCAACUUCAAGAACUGACUGUUCACUUGCUGCAUAAUAUAUCCCACCCCUUGACAGGUGCCACUGUAACGAGAUAAUCAAUGUUAUUCCCUUCACCUGUCAGUGGUUUUAAUGUUAUGGCUGAUCGGUGUAUACACGUGUUACAUCUUGACACACCCCGUCUCAUAACACACACAUCAUGAUUUUGUCUGGCUCAACAAGGGCGGAGCUUAAGCUAUGUUUCAUCAGCCAGUGAGCAUUUAGUUUAACCAAUUUAAGUAAUGUUAGCUUAGCUAUGAUUAAUGGUUAACUCUCCAGCAGUAGCUAUCAGACAUUGAAUAGCUAGCUAAAACUAGCUCAAAUAAGCUAACUAGUUAGCAGGCUAACACUGUGUUGAGGUACUUGGGUAAUUGUUCUAUUGAUUUGGCUAGCUAUUUAAUGUCGGAUAGCUACAAAGCUGCUUGAUGUAGUGUGUAAUUUCAGGAUCUAAUAGUUAAGCAAUGUUAGCUAAAAACUGUGCUAACAUUAGCUUGGCUAAGUUUAUGGUCUGAUGUUAAACAGCUAACUAAAUCCACUAACAAACUAGCUACUGAUAGGCAAAUUGUGUUGAUAGGCCAAGCACCUCAACACAAUGUCCAGAAGCUAACUACUUAGCUAGAUUUAGCCACUGGAGAGUUAAUCAUUAAUCUUAGCUAAGCAAAAAUGAGUGAACAUUGCUUGAUACAGUACGCAAAUUACACAGUACAAUAGUUUAGCUAACCUAAGUGAUUAAAUCUCCAGCAGUUAAAUAGCUAGAUAAAUUUAGCUAGCUAAUUUAUAGUGUAAUUAAAACUAUAAGCCAAGUACCUCAGCAGUGUUUGUUAGCAAACCUGGCUACUAAUGUUAGUUACACAGUGAAAGAGCUAGCCAAAUGUGGAUUUAAAUGUCUUUAAUUACAAAAGCUAACAAUAGGCAAAUUAAAACCAUUAGCCAAGCAAUUCAACCCGUUUGCUAGCAUAAUUAAAACCACGUGCUGUGUGCAAGCAAGCUAGCAUUUGGCUAGCUAUUUUACUGUGCAAUUAAAAAUUGUAGCCAGGUUUCCUAGCAAGCUCUGUAAUGAUGGGUAAACUAUCAUAUUGUGUACGUUAUGCAGUCCUUUGGCAAGCUAGCUAACGUUAACGUCUGUAAUUCAAACAAAUAGCCAAAUUUUUCAGUUAGCUAGCGUUACACUACAUACGAUUUUGUAUUAGAACACUAGCGUUGUUUGCUAGCAAGCUAUCCAACUUUGCGCACACUUAUAAUGACGUCAUUUGUUCAAUUUACCUUUAGCUCCGCCCUUAUUAAACGCUGUAAUAAUUUUUUGCACUUCAUUUUAUAUUGAGGUCUUCAUAUGUGGAUUAUCUUUGCAGGCGAAGAUAAACGUUUGUUGUUCCUCUCUCUGAUGACGUUUCAGACAAACUCACUCACUUUUCCCAUCGAUGUAGUUUCUUGGUUUAAGAGGGAAAAAAAAAGAAAAAAAAAAAACUUCCUGAACUGCGUCUGCCAUUUUUGCCUUAUCCUCGAUUCUCUGUGCAGGCGUCCCGAUGGAGAUGUUUGACGUACGUGUGACUCGCUGGUUCGAGUACUUCUAUCCCUUCGCUAACAGGAAGAGCUAGCAUGUUUAGCCCUGACCUAGAAGGGGGGAAAAAAAAUGAAGGAACACAUGUAUUUCGUGUAUGUUUUAGCAUCUAUGCUAGCUGUUGAAAAGCAGGACAGCACUGUGUGUGCUGAACCUACGCAAGUUGAGCGAAUCCCUGUGUUUCAGUCUUUAUAAUGUGCCCUUUUCAUUAGCAAUUAGCAGGAAAACGCUUAACAUUGAAGUGACUUCCGUGGAGAAUUUCUUUCAGUUUUCAUCACCAUACCGACUUCUACGUAGCAUGCUAACCAGCUAGCAACGAAACACCAUCAGCACUUGUUAUUCCUUUCACAGCUACGAAGUGUGGAGCGAUUAGCAAGGAACACACUCUACGUUGAAACAAAUUCCAUCAGUUUUCACAGUCAUACCUACUUCUGCGUAACUAGCUGACCAGCUAGCAUGCUAAUUGACUGCCUUGCUAACUACUUAGCAUGCUAAUUAGCAAAGCAGGAACAAACUCAACGCUGAAGCACUUUCCUUGGAGAAUGACACUCAAUUUCUGCUACAGUCAUAUUGGCCUAGCUAGCAUGCUGUCUGGUUGGCUUGUUAAAGUUUUGCUAACAUGCUAAUUAGCAAGAAAAAAAAAAACACACAACAUUUAAGCAAUGUGAAGGAAAUUGUGUGUAAAUCUCCAAGGAUCUCCAACUUAUUGUUCCUGUUGUCCUUCACACUCGACAGCCACAUUAUAUUGGCUUGCUAACCAGCUAGCUAACCCUUUGUUAGCAUAUCUGGCUGGCAUGCUAACUGCCUAGCGUAAAAAUCAUUUUGCUAGUUAGACAAAAUUAGUUUCAUCAGCUGUUAUGAGCAAACAGAGUUGUUAACAUUAUAUAUAAUAAAAUUUACUAAUAGUCCAAGAUGUUAUUUCAGUCUUUGGCACAAUUCAGGAUGUGCUAAUUUAAUGUUAACGUUAUUAGCGGCUCUGUUUAGCGAUACAGCCAUAGCAAGCGAGGCUUUCUCCGGUCACGCAGAACGCAUUUUAAAGCCUUAAGAGAUGAUUGGUUCACCCAGAUUUAUUGUUUAUCGUAGUCUCCCUGCGAUCAGCUACAGUUUUACGUUAUUUGCUACGUUUCCGUUUUGUGAUUCAAGCCGCCUUAAGAAUGAAAGUGAGGACGCAUGAGUCGCAGCGACGAUGUUCUCAUUUGACGUCGGCUCGAGGCUCGGUUAAGGUUAAUUAGCUAUCAUCUGUUCCACGUUAACGCAGAGUAGCUAACGCAGAGUAGCUAGCACACAAGUAGGCAUGUUUUCCGAUGAUCAGUUUUCACGAUAUUCAGCACUCGCAAUAUUAUCACCGUACACACUUCUGAGCAUUUGAAAGGAGGCUGCCUCGGUAGACCAGGACAACAUCCUAGCAUAAACACAGCGUUCUUUUAAGGAUUUAAUUCUAAAAUUUUAUUGAACGUAGCAGACAGCGCUGUGACUACGACUUUUUUUUCGAUGCAGUAUCGCGAUGUUGAUUCCGGUGGUUGAAAGCUGCGCGUCUGUCGGCACAUGCCUACAUACAAGCAAUGAUCUUUCUUUCUUUUCAAUCCUUAAAGCUAUGCAAACGAAGCAUGUACGUUAAAAACGAAUUGUCAUCUUCAUGCUAGGACUUUGCUCUUUUUUCUUGUUGUUUGAUGUUAAGAUUUGCUGAAAUGUUCAGUUAAUAUAAUUUAACAGUAAUUUGAGUAAAGUAAAACCAGCUAAGCCACAUUCCACUUGUCUUUUGCUUUCUUUGACAAACCUGUAAAAAAUUCACCUUGUGUGCCAUUAAAAAAAAUCAAGAUGUUGUUGCUUUGUGUUAAUUUCUUACAUGAUCAAAUAAAAUGCUUUGGAGACUUGG